ACCCGUAGAGCAUUGCCGCCAGUCUUUGUUGAAGUAGGCGAACGGUGCGGUCGUGUUUUCCGUCCCUGUUUUUGCAGCAAACAUGUCUGGAAGAGGCAAGGGCGGCAAGGGCCUGGGCAAGGGUGGUGCCAAGCGCCAUCGCAAGGUUCUUCGCGAUAACAUCCAGGGGAUCACCAAGCCUGCAAUCCGUCGCCUAGCCCGCCGCGGUGGUGUCAAGCGCAUUUCCGGCCUCAUCUAUGAAGAGACCCGCGGCGUCCUCAAGGUCUUCCUGGAGAACGUCAUUCGCGAUGCCGUCACCUACACCGAGCACGCCAAGAGGAAGACCGUGACGGCCAUGGAUGUGGUGUACGCCCUCAAGAGGCAAGGCCGUACCCUCUAUGGUUUCGGUGGUUAACAGCCGUCUCGCCGUCGGACACACAUCGAAAACGGCCCUUUUCAGGGCCAAACCAGU